AUGCUCCGUCGCUUUCUUCUCGCCAGCCUGGCUGGCCCUGUCCUGUCGGCUGCAGCGACUUACCCGGUCAUCAACACCAAAUAUGGCCCUGUCCAGGGCGCUGCUUCUGAAUAUCGAGACGGCGUGACCGUCUACAAAGGCAUCCCGUUCGCCGCUCCGCCAACCGGUGAAAACCGAUGGAAGGCUCCGUCUGCGCCUGCUCCCUGGUCGGACGUCCUGAAUGCGACGACUUUUGGCCCUCAGUGCGCCCAGCCGUACUCGUCUGCCGGCAUCUUCUCGACGGGAAACAACCUGACUAGCGAGGACUGUCUGUACCUGAACAUCUGGACACCCACGUACAACGAUACCAGCGAUCUCCCUUCGAAGAAGCUGCCCGUCUACUUCUGGAUCUACGGCGGCCGUUUCGAAGGCGGCUCCGGCGACGUCAAGACCUACGAUGGGUCCGGCCUGGCCAUCAAGGACAUCGUUGUCGUCACGACGAACUACCGUCUCGGCGCAUUCGGUUUCCUUGCCCAUCCAGAGCUCUCGGCGGAGUCCGGGCACAACAGCUCCGGGAACUACGGCCUCCUCGACCAGCAGUUCGCCCUGAAGUGGGUGCACGAGAAUAUCGCCUUCUUCGGCGGCGAUCCCGACCGGAUCACGGUUGGCGGCCAGUCCGCUGGCUCUGCAAGCUCCCUCGACAUGAUGUGGAGUCCUCUCUCGCGGGAUCUGAUCAAGGGCGUGAUCUCGGAGAGCGGUGCGCGCGGACCCCAUGAUCCCAACACCGGCGGCGUGGCAACCAGUUACCGGACCAAGGACACGGCGGAGGCGCAGGGCGUCGCGUUCCUGAAGACGCUGAACGUGUCGUCGAUCGCGCAGCUACGCAACGUGUCGACGCAGACGCUGAUCAACUACGGGUCGUUGACGGACGACUCGGUGUACGAGGGCACGCGCUUCGAGACGCUUUUCUCGGGGCCUCCGCUCUGGCGGCCGGUGAUCGAUGGCUACGUGCUGCGGCACGGCUACGGCGAGGCCCUGCGGCUGAACGACCACGGCGACGUGCCCAUCCUGACGGGGAACAACAAGGACGAGGCGGACGGGGGCGCGAGCACGCUCGCGGCGUACAGGGCCGACUACACCGCGCUCUUCCAGAACUUCUCGCGCGAGUUCUUGGCCGCGUACCCGGCCAGCAACGACACGCAGGCCAGCGAGAACAGCGACGAGCUCUUCCGCGACAUGGCCCGCGUAGGGACGUGGCAGUGGGCAGCAGACUGGGCAGCCGGAGGCGCCAGAAGCAGCGUCUACACGUACUACUGGACGCACGCGCCGGCGGAGAACCGCGGCAUGGGCGCCUACCACGGCUCCGAGCUGUGGUACGUCUUCAACAACAUCCCGUACGCCGACUACUCGAACGUCACCUGGGACGCGGCCGACUAUGCGAUCGAGGCCAUCAUGUCCGAGUACUGGGCCAACUUCAUCCGCACCGGCGAUCCCAACGGCGGCAAUCUGACCUACUGGCCGCCGUCGACCAAUGCCAGCAAGACGACCAUGUGGCUGGGCGAUUCGUGGGGCGUUGGUCCGAUUGCGGAGUCUCUGCAGCGAGUGGAGUUUAUUGAGAGGUGGUUCGCUACGUUGCCUGAGUGGUAG